UUGCUCCGGAACAUGUCCGAUAUGCAGCAACUUUAAUCGAGGUAAUUCGGAAGGAAGCAAGGCGGGGCAAUUUAUGUUGGUACCAGCAAAGUUUUGACAUUUAUCGUUUCGUUGUACUAGAUUACCUUCAGCUUCUUCUUCAUCCCUACUCGUUGACAUCUGGUGAACAUCAUGGCCUCGCAGAAGGAUCUACCUCCGUACUCUAGACCGUUGAGACUACUCUCACUCGACGGUGGAGGAGUACGCGGUCUCACUGAGCUACUCAUAUUGAAGACCUUGAUGCAUCGAAUUCAACCACAGACAAAAGAUCGAGCUCUGCCAAAGCCAUGUGACUAUUUCGAUGUAAUCUGCGGGACUAGCACUGGAGGUUUGAUUGCGAUUAUGCUCGGCCGACUGGAGAUGUCUGUCGAUGAGUGCAUCGCAGCAUACAUCGAACUUUCGAAAGAAAUCUUUCCUAAGGAAGCGAUAGGACAAACAAGCUUGUGGUCAAAACUUCAAAGAUUUACUUCUGCCUACCGAGAGAAGGCUUGGUUCAGUGCCGACAGACUCAAAGAGUGCUUGCAGCGAACGAUUGGUGAUAAACUGGGCAAGACCGAGACCGAACAAGAAUUCCUCAGCGAAGACACGAAAUCGAUCCUCCGAGCCUACGAGUCCCGACUCGUCCCUCACAUUCCUUGCAAGAUCUGGGAGGCGGGCCGAGCAACUUCGGCUGCUCCGCUAUAUUUUGAGCCUAUCUCGAUUGGGCCUCUUGGAUCAGUCUUCGCAGAUGGUGGUAUGAAAAAUAACAAUCCUGUUUGGGUAUUGUACGAGGAGGCUCGCAACGAGUGGCCAGACGCGGAGAUAGCCUGCAUUGUUAGCAUUGGGACUGGAAAACCGGAAACGAAGCAGCUGGGGACAGGACUGCAAGAAGUCAUGGAAUCUUGCGUUUCCAUCGCUGCGGAGACGGAGGAAACAGCGCGGUUGUUCCGCAGUGCCCACAAGGCUCUGCAAGGUCGGUAUUUCCGUUUCAAUGUGGAGCAAGGCCUUCAGGGCAUCGCGCUGGAUGAAUGGACGCAUUUCGAUCGUAUGGAUGCGGCUACACAGCAGUACCUCACAGACAUUGCAGACGAUCUAGGUGCUUGUGCGGCCAUACUAGCAAGAUAUGGAGCAUCAUGAUAGAUGUUAAUCAUACCGAGAUAUUCUAAUUUCUACCUGUUGUUUGUUUUUGGGGCCUUUUUUGACCAUGU